CAAACACACCAGGAAGUUAUUUCUGCACAUGCAAGCCAGGAUUUGUUGGGAAUAACACACAUUGUGAAGAGGCCAAUGAAUGCCAAAAAAAUUCACCAUGCCAUCCUAAUGCGGCGUGCAACUACACAGACGGAUCAUUCAUCUGCUCAUGUAAAUACGGAUAUAGUGGAGAUGGAAUUAACUGCACUGAUGUCAACGAAUGUAGCGCAGAUUCACAUAAUUGCCAUUAUAAUGCCUUUUGUAACAAUACUGACGGUUCUUUUAAUUGUACGUGCAAAGACGGCUACUUCGGGAAUGGAACAGACUGCCAAGAUGUCAACGAAUGUAAUACAACGACUCACAAUUGCCAUCACAAUGCCUACUGUAACAAUACUGAUGGGUUUUUCAAUUGUACAUGCAAAAAAGGCUACUCAGGAAACGGAACGGAUUGUCAAGAUGUCAAUGAAUGUAAUACAGGAACUCACAAUUGCCAUUACAAUGGCUACUGCAACAACACUGAUGGUUCUUUCAAAUGUACAUGUAAAAAAGGCUACUUGGGAAAUGGAACAGUCUGCCAAGGUUACUGCUUACAUUACAACUAUUUUAGUUUACAAAAGAGGAGAAGUUGAAUAUAUUUUCUUAUCAAAUGGUACUCAUAUUACGUAUAUUCCUGUUGAUGGCGGAGACCCCAAGAUCUUUGCGCGCGUAGAACACACAGCCUUUGCUUACGACGAGCUUAGGUACCGCCUUUGGUUUGCGUGUGGUGAUAGCGUGUGUAACGCGAAUUUGGAUGGAAGUGAUUUAAUAACUAAUACGGUUCCAUCACGUCUUGGUCCAUUUGCUCUUGAUGCAGCGAAUCGACGUAUUUUCUAUCUUAACUAUUCUGAUCAUCACCUCAAGUCGAUUGAUUAUGAUGGGAACAGUUUACCAGAUAUUGGUGUGUCACCAAAUAAUAAUUUCACGGAUUUGCAUGUCGACAUUCACAAUAGAUUUAUAUUCUUCACCGCUAAGAACAAUCUUAUCCGGUACAGUCUUGACGAUGGAACUAAUCGAACUCUUCACGCAGGUUUAUCUGGAAAAGUCACUCAUCUCAUGCUGGAUACCGCGAAUAAAGCUGUGUACUUUAUUUUGUUUAUAAAUCCAGUCCAAUACUUUUUACUCAAAACAACGUACGAUGGUCUGACUACACAUACUGUUGCACUAGGUUUCAAUGAUGGAUAUGCUGGUGUAGACAUUGCGGAGGGAAAUGAAUAUUAUUAUCUCCUUCACAGAAGGUCUCAAAUUAUAAAAUUUGACAAAUCAUCAGAUUCUGUAGUUUCUACGAUUCCACUAACUACUAAUGCCGAUCGAAUACUCAUUGCAUUUGACGAAGACCAUUGUGCUUUAAAUAACACCUGUCCUGCAGACUUGAUAUGUACAAAUUCCCCUGGCACCGCUGUAUGUUCAUGUGAGGCAGGAUUCACUCGAAAUCAGACGUAUUGCCAAGACAUAAAUGAAUGUUUAAAUGACCCAUGCCGUUACAAUGAAGUCUGUAAAAAUACUAAUGGUUCAUAUAUUUGUGAAUGUAAAGCAGGAUAUGAAAAAAAUGGAACGAAUUGUACAGACACAGAUGAAUGUUUGAAUGACCCAUGCGGCUUCAAUGAAAUCUGUGCAAAUACUAAUGGUUCGUACAUUUGUGAAUGUAAAGCAGGAUAUCAAGGAAAUGGAACAACAAAUUGUACAGAAAAGGCUACUCAGGAAAUGGAACAGACUGCCAAGGUUCAAUUUAACGAUUAUAUCGACGAGUGUGGUGCAGGUUCUCAUAAUUGCCAUUACAAUGGCUAUUGCAACAAUACUGACGGCUCUUUCAAUUGUACAUGUAAAAACGGCUACUUGGGAAAUGGAACAUUCUGUGAAGAUGUCGACGAAUGUAAUACAAGAACUCAUAAUUGUCAUCGCAAUGCCUACUGUAACAAUACUGAAGGCUUUUUUAAUUGUACAUGCAAACAGGGCUAUUCAGGAAAUGGAACAAAUUGCCAAGAUGUCAACGAAUGUAGUGCAGAUUCUCAUAAUUGCAAUUUCAAUGCGUUUUGUAACAAUACUGACGGUUCUUUCAAUUGUACAUGCAAAGAUGGUUACUUUGGAAAUGGGAGAGUCUGCCAAGAUGUCAACGAAUGCAUUAUAGGAACUCACAAUUGCCAUCAAAAUGCUUACUGCGACAAUACUGACGGGUAUUUUAAUUGUACAUGCAAACAAGGCUACUCAGGAAAUGGAACACACUGUAAAGAUGUAAAUGAAUGUGAAACUGAUUCACCAUGUCACUCGAAUGCGACAUGCAACAACACAGAUGGAUCUUACAUUUGCACGUGUGACUCUGGAUAUAGUGGAAAUGGAUUAACCUGCUCUGAUAUCGACGAAUGUAGUGAAGGUUCUCAUAAUUGCCAUUACAAUGGCUACUGUAGCAAUACAGACGGUUCUUUCAAUUGUACAUGUAAAAACGGCUACUGGGGAAAUGGAACAGACUGCCAAGAUGUCAACGAAUGUAACACAAGGACCCACAAUUGCCAUCACAAUGCCUACUGUAACAAUACUGAUGGGUAUUUCAAUUGUACAUGCAGAAAAGGCUACUCAGGAAAUGGAACAGACUGCCAAGAUAUCGACGAUUGCCGUGCCGAAUCUCAUAAUUGCAAUUACAAUGCUUUUUGUAACAAUACUGAUGGUUCUUUCAAUUGUACAUGUAAAAAUGGCUACGUUGGAAAUGGAACAGACUGUCACGAUGUCAACGAAUGUAAUACAACGACUCACAAUUGUCAUUACAAUGCCUAUUGUAACAAUACUGAUGGGUUUUUCAUUUGUACUUGCAAAAAAGGCUAUUCUGGAAAUGGAACAGACUGCCGAGAUAUCGACGAAUGUCGUGAAGGUUCUCAUAAUUGCCAUUACAAUGGCUAUUGCAACAAUACUGACGGCUCUUUCAAUUGUACAUGUACUUGGGAGGCUACUGGGAAAUGA